UCUCUCUCUAUCUUUCUCUCUCUGUUUCUGACUAGCGGAAGCAAAAUUAGUUGUGAAUUCGCCUCGAGUGAAGGGAUUGUGGCAGCUGUUCUAUGAAAAAUGGAAAAAUUGUUUCAAACAGUUGAACAAUGUCCUGAACUACAAACUACAGAAAUAACAGGAAUCCUACCUGAUUGGUUGAAAGGAGAAUUGUUCCUGAUAGGACCCGGAAAAUGGGAUUUUGAUGAAGAUUUCACCGUGAAUCACUGGCUCGAUGGAUCGGCUUUCAUGUAUAAGUUUAACAUUAGCAAGAACCACGUGGACGUGAUGUCGAGGUUCUUGGACACCGUCGCAUAUAAUAAAGUUUGUCAAGUGAAGAGGCCAGUAUUUGUGGAGUUCGGAACAAAAGCGUAUCCGGAUCAGGAGAAAAAUGUUUUCUCAAGGUAUCUUUCUCAUUUGGUGCCUUUGGAACUGUCCGAUAACGUCAUGGCCAAUGUGUUCAUAAUCGACGACGAACUCUACGCCUCCUCGGAAACAUGCCACGUUUGGAAAAUAAACCCAACAAAUCUUAAAUGCGAGAAAAGGAUAGACUUGAGAGAUUUGGUGUCCGUCAAUCUGGCCAGCUCUCAUCCACACAUCUGUCCGGACGGAUCUGUUUAUAAUCUCUGCGCCAGUUUCAUGACGGGACUGCGAUACCACGUCAUGAAAUUAAACCCUCGAAAACUACCUGCAGGUGAGAAAGGAUUUGAGCGUGGAGCCUCCAUUAUGACCACCAUCAGUUCUAGUCAGAAAACUACCUACAGCUAUUACCACAGCUUUGCUCUGAGCGAAAAUUACAUUUUGUUCCUGAAACAACCCCUCCUCGUCAACACGGUCAAGAUGGCAGCGUCGGGAAUCAAAGGGUACUGCGUCAGAGACUGUCUGGAGUGGACUCCUACAAUGAGGACCAAAUUGCAUCUCAUCGAGAGACGCACAGGGAAAGAAGUCAAGGUCAAAUUCGAGGCCGACACUUUAUUCUUCUUCCACCACAUCAAUGCUUACGAAGAUGGCACCCACCUUGUUGUCGACAUCAUGGCCUUUCCCAAUUCGGAGGUAAUGGACAAAUUCUUCCUGAAAGACCUCCGAGCGGGCCGACUGAAUGCCUCCUGCAAAGCCAUCUUCACAAGAUUCGUCAUUCCUCUAUUGUUUCACGAAGGAAAGCCUGGAAAAAAUUUAGUAACUCUUAAAGACACACAAGCAACUGCGGUGAUACAAGAGAAUGGAGUUAUUUUUCUGACCCCAGAAACAAAGGGCGAAGCAGGUUAUGACAUGCCCACAAUAAACUAUUCUAUGUAUAACUCGAAGAAAUACAGAUAUGCAUAUGGAUCUGGAAGUUUUGAUACUGGCAAAUUUGCGAAUUCGUUGAUCAAGUUGGAUACAGUGACUGGCGAAAUGAAGGUAUGGAAAGGCACUGAAACUAUGUUUCCAAGUGAAUUGAGCUACGUCCCAAGACCAAGAUCGUUGGGUGAAGACGAUGGUGUUUUGUUGUCAGUGGUACUGGACGUCGCUGAUGGAACGCGUGAUUUCUUGAUGGUGAUUCAUGCCAAAACAUUUGAAGAACUUGGCAGGGCCUACAUUCCUCGCUCAGUCAAGCUUCCGCCCUCCGUCCAUGCAAGAUUCCGAAUGCAUUGAUGGAACUUACAGGAACAUGGACGAAAUGCUGAUAUUUAUAACUGUUUGCAAAAACAGACUUUAAAAUGUAUUGUUUUUUUUGAUAAACCACCGUCUUAAAUUAUUCGUGAUUGAUAUUUUUCUAUUUUUGAUAUUGUUGAAUAAAUAUUUUUAAAGCUCA